AUGGCCAGCCCAGCCGUCUCCGCUCGCGAGUCUUUCGCCAAAGGCACAGAACCAAAUCUGGACUCGAGCACCCCUUCGGAGAACCACGGCUUGCCUUUGACGCCUCCGGCAUCCUGUGAUCAGAAGUCAAUGAAAUCUGACUACGACGCGGAGGAAUUGAUUCGAAUUUUAGAGGAUUACCGGGACCCUUCGAUUUCUUGCCUUCUCACAACGCGGAUUUGCGUGCCUUCAAUACACUGUCCUCGUGCGAUAGGAGAACUGCAACGGCGGCGCUCUCUUUCUCAAUAUCUCGAAGACAAGGCGCGGUUGGACUACGAAUCCGCGACUGGAGAUUUCACUCUGCGAAUGCCUGCUCCUGUCCACGACGUCUUCUCUACCUCCGUAGCGAACGAAAUUUACAAACAACUUCGACAUGUUGCCGAGCGAAACAAUACAGAUGGGGCAUUCGCGGACAACAUCAUAAGCGGGGGUUCGUCCCGGAUUCUGCUAGAGGAAACCCGGGAAGGCGGUGCAGUAUAUCCAUUACAACGGCACCCGGACGCACAGUUCGGACACAGGAAGGCCGCGUUCCCUGGAGUCGUGCUUGAGGUUUCCUUUUCACAGGACGGGAAAAACCUCGAGAAGCUGGCCUGGGAUUACAUUCAGCAUUCAAAUGGAGAUAUCAAGGCUGUCAUUGGGCUUGACAUCAAUCAUGGCGCGAAACCAUCGACGGUUUCGUUAUGGCGCCCGGAAUACACGCGAGACGAGGGGCAAGAUCUUGACACUAUUGGUGUCCAGACCGAGAUCGCAUAUCAGGCAUUUCGAUCUCCGAACCUCGAUGACAUGAAUGAGACCGGUGACAUACGCCUCGCACUGAGCGAUUUUGCCACGGAUGCCCUGUCUGGCGGAUUAGCUACAUCGCUUUGCAUCAAAUUCAAAAAGCUAGCUGAAUUGCUCGAUGAAGCAGAAGAAAUACAGAAAGCAAGAGAAGAGGGUUCGGACGGCGGGAUUAGGUCUAAACGGAUCCUCAAAAAGCGCCGACGGUCUUCCAGCUCGGCCGAGCGAAUCUUGUCUGGCGACGAACUUCGAUUCCGCACUCAGGAGAGCAAAGCCUUGGAACAGGCCGACACCGAAGAUUGCGACUUCCGUCCACUAGUAAAAAGGAGGAGUUGA